CGGUGAUUGGCGAGAUUUGAACAAAUACUUGUGUUCCCGAGCCGGAGGGAAAGUUUGAAUCGAGAUUGAGUGAAGAGGCUUGAGGACGAGCAGGAGACUGGAAGAGAAACAACGCCGCCUUCGCCAUGAUCAAACCACCGAGGGGUAAAACACCCCGAAGACCUGCCCUAAAGAAACCAUCCAAUAACAGUAACCUUAAAGAUCCAGUUGGUGUGUACUGCCGGGUCCGCCCGCUUGGUUCAGAGGACCAGGAAUGCUGUAUUGAGGUGAUCAGUGAAACAACAAUACAACUGCACCCUCCAGAAGGGAGCAAAGUUAACAGGAAUGGAGAGUUCAAAGAGACGCAGUAUUCCUUCAAGAAUGUGUUUGGUCUGAACAUAUCUCAGCUUGAACUGUUUGACAACGUGGCAAAGCCACUUGUUGAUGAUGUCAUUCAUUGUAAAAAUGGUUUGCUUUUCACGUAUGGUGUGACAGGCAGCGGGAAAACUCAUACAAUGACUGGCUCUCCUGGGGAAGGGGGUCUUCUUCCCCGCUCUCUGGAUAUGAUUUUCAAUAGUAUAGGUCCUUAUCAGGCAAAGCGAUACGUUUUCAAGCCAGAUGACAAAAAUGGCAUGGAGAUUCAGACCUCCGUUGAUGCUUUGUUAGAAAGGCAAAAAAGAGAGAGCCAAACAUCUGCACCGAAGACUCCUUCUAGGCAAAGGCCAGAUCCAGAGUUUGCUGACAUGAUCAAUGUAGAAGAUACUUGCAAGGCAGAGGGUAUCGAUGAAGACAGUGUCUACAGUGUUUUUGUUUCAUACAUAGAAAUCUAUAAUAAUUACAUCUAUGAUCUCCUAGAGGAAGUCCCAUAUGAUCCAAUAAGGCCAAAGUGGAACGGGUGCGGCACUCCUGUGCGGAGCACUGAGUUCAUACCUCCUCAAUCUAAAAUUCUCAGGGAAGAUCAAAACCAUAAUAUGUAUGUGGCUGGCUGUACAGAAGUAGAGGUGAAAUCGACAGUAGAAGCAUUUGAGGUUUUCUGGAAAGGUCAGAAAAAGAGGCGUAUUGCCAACACUCAGUUAAACCGAGAAUCCAGUCGUUCUCACAGUGUAUUCAUCAUCAAACUGGCUCAGGCGCCUUUGGAUGCAGAUGGAGACAAUGUUCUGCAGGAUAAAGAUCAGAUAAGUGUGAGUCAGCUUUGCCUGGUUGAUCUGGCUGGAAGUGAAAGAACAAGCAGAACGCGAGCUGAAGGGAGCCGACUGCGGGAGGCAGGGAACAUAAACCAGUCCCUGAUGACUCUUAGAACAUGUAUAGAAGUUUUAAGAGAGAACCAGAUGUAUGGAACAAAUAAGAUGGUACCGUACAGAGAUUCUAAAGUGACCCAUCUAUUUAAGAACUAUUUUGAUGGGGAAGGAAAAGUGAGAAUGAUUGUUUGUGUCAAUCCUAAAGCAGACGAUUACGAAGAAACUAUGCUGGUGAUGAGGUUUGCUGAGAUGACUCAGGAAGUGGAAGUUGCCAGGCCUGUUGACAGGCCUAUCUGCGGCCUCACACCGGGGCGCAGGAACAGAAACCAGGCCUUCAAGGAAGAGUUGACACGCAAGCUAGAGGAGCGUGGAGGCCCAGUUAAUGGAGAUUUAGAAAACCCUUCAGCCAUUGAGAUUCUUAUACAGAGCUUACCGCCUCUGCCUCCUUGUAAUCUUGUGGAUGUUAAUGACGACCAAACCUUGCCCAGACUGAUUGAAUGCCUGGAGAAACGACACAGAAUAAGGCAGAUGAUGAUAGAUGAGUUUGAUAAAACAGCUGGGUUGUUUAAAUCUAUGCUCCAGGAGUUUGAUGGUACCCUAAUGGCCAAGGAGAAUUUCAUCCAGGAGCAGAGAGGAAAGCUGGGUGACAAGGAUAGGGUUAUUACGGGACAGAAGUCCGAGGUUGAUCGACUUGAGAAGAAGGUCAAAACCCUAGAAUAUAAGAUUGACAUUUUGCAGAAAACAACUAAUAUUUAUGAAGUGGAUAAACGUUCCUUACAACAAGAGUUGGAGACAAAGGACCAGAAAUUGCAGCGAGAAUUAUCAGAGAAACGUCGAAUGGAAGCAAGGAUGCAAGGAGUGGUGUCGAAUACAAAGAUGAAAUGGGAGAAGGAAUGUGAGAGACGUGUGGCUGCGAAACAGAUGGAGAUGCAGAACAAACUGUGGGUGAAAGAUGAAAAGCUGAAGCAGCUCAAAGCCAUUGUAACGGAAAGCAAGAGCGAGAGACCAGAGAGAUCUGAAAAGCCAGAGAGACCAUCCAGGGAGAAGGACAUGGUUAAGAAAAGAUCUGUGUCUCCAUCGCCUGUACCUACUCCUGUCUCUUCCCCUCACCUGGUCAGGAGGGGCCAGCCUUCCUCCAGCAGUCUGUCGGUAGCCUCCUAUAUUGCAGAGUGGGAACAGAGAGUUCCCCAGGCUCCUAGACAAGUUUACGAUUCACCUGAUCAUAGGACUAGACAGGAGGAGCUCACGGAAUACAGGCAUAACAGCAAUCAGAACAGGAGGCAAGGCUUUUACAGGACAGGAGACUGUGAGGUUCCCAUUCAACACAGAGCUGUAGACCUAGAGGAAGAGUGUUGCCACAGGAACGCACCACCGGUUCAGCCUCGACACAGACGCUCACUCUCCGCGGGUGGGGAGAGAUGGGUAGAUCAUAAACCAGCCAGUAAUUUGGAGCUAGGUACAGUCAUGCAACCACAUGUGCCCAAUGCAAUCAAGGUGUCAGUUCCCAAUGAAAAAGCUUUGUCAAAAUGUGACAAAUACAUGCUGACACACCAGGAGCUGGCAUCGGAUGGGGAAAUUAAAACAAAACUUAUAAAGGGAGAAGUGUUCAAGACAAGAGGGGGAGGACAAUCAGUCCAGUUCACAGACGUAGAAACAUUAAAGCAGGAGUCCCCAACUUCUAGUACAAACCGGAAAAGGAGGUCCUCUGGUAACGCCCCUGUGCAGAAGGAGGAAACCACAGAGAGUGAAUGGACCGAUGUAGAGACGAGGUGUUCUGUAGCUGUAGAGAUGAGGGCGGGUUCUAAUCUUGGACCUGGAUACCAGCACCAUGGCCAACCUAAGCGCAGAAAGCCCUAAUGGAGACCUUUUUAAUUUGUUUUUAUUCUUUCUCACUGCCUUCAAAGGGACAAAGACAAAUGUUCAUGUUGAAAUCAUGAGGAACAGUGUUAUCCGGGUCUGUGUUUGUGUAUUUUUUGGUUAAGUUUACACAUCCCCCAACCAAACACAAACCUCUGCAGUAAAUAAUGUGUGUUUUUUUUUUACUUGUUUGUUGUGCACACCGUUUAUUUAGUUGCAUAUUACUUGUACAAUCUGUCCCCGUGAUGGCUCCUUUUCA